CGUGACGUAUCGGGGAGCGUAUGGGGGUGUGGCCGGUAGUUAGAGUAAUCGCUGCAGGUAGUAAGGUGUGUGUUGCUGUUGUGCUAAAUGGGCGGAUAGAUAACGGGAUCGGGCUGUGAUGUGAAGGAGGAGGGGAAGAAGAGAUACGGGCUUGGUCACGGUGAUUGUACACAGAGAGCUGGGAAGUCGGUUUAGAUAAGGCCGGAUGUUUCACCCACGGCUGUCUGCAGGACCUGCUGGUGCCGCCUCUGUGCAUUUGCUGCGAGGUAAUUCAUGGCUGGGGACGUGGAAGGGUAUUCUUCUUCAAUCCAUGAUGGCAGUGUCUCUGCUGGGUUCAGGGCACUGUACGAAGAGGGCCUCUUGGUCGAUGUUACCCUUGUGAUCGAGGAUCACCAGUUCCAAGCACACAAGGCUCUGCUGGCUACUCAGAGCGACUACUUCCGCAUCAUGUUUACAGCUGACAUGCGAGAACGUGAUCAGGAUAAGAUCUACCUGAAGGGAUUGACCGCAACGGGCUUCAGUCAUGUUCUGCAAUUCAUGUACUAUGGGAACAUUGAUCUGAGCAUGGCAACUGUCCAUGAGAUUUUGCAAGCAGCCAUGUACGUACAGCUCACAGAGGUAGUCAAAUUCUGCUGCUCCUUCCUCAUGGCUAAAAUUUGUUUGGAAAACUGUGCGGAGAUCAUGAGACUGCUGGAUGAUUUCAGUGUGGAUGUAGAAGGAGUGAGAGAAAAGCUAGAUGCCUUCUUGCUGGAGAAUUUUGUGCCACUCAUGGCCAGGCCUGAAUUUCUCGCGUACCUUAGCUUUGAGAAGCUCAAGAGCUACUUGGACAGUGACCGCCUGAGUCGAUUCCCUGAGAUAGAGCUAUACGAAGCUGUUCAGGCCUGGCUGCGGCACGAUAGGAGGCGCUGGAGGCACACUGAUUCCAUCAUUCAGAACGUCAGGUUUUGUUUGAUGACUCCAUCCAAUGUCUAUGAGAAGGUGAAGACAUCUGAAUUUUAUCGGUACUCACGCCAACUGCGACAUGAGGUAGAGCAAGCCCUAAACUACUUCCAUAAUGUCAGCGAGCAGCCUCUGAUGGAGAUGAAAUCAAACCGCAUUCGCUCGGCCAAACCUCAGACUGCUGUUUUCAGGGGCAUGAUAGGUCACAGCAUGGUCAAUAGCAAGAUCCUUCUAUUGCACAAGCCACGCAUUUGGUGGGAACUAGAGGGUCCUCUGGUACCUCUCCGACCUGACUGUCUUGCCAUUGUCAACAAUUUUGUCUUUUUGCUUGGAGGUGAGGAGCUGGGGCCUGAUGGAGAAUUCCAUGCCUCUUCCAAAGUGUUUAGAUAUGAUCCCCGGCAAAACAGCUGGCUGCGAUUAUCAGACAUGUCUGUGCCACGCUCAGAGUUUGCUGUAGGCGUCAUCGGGAGAUACAUAUAUGCUGUGGCUGGGAGGACGCGAGAUGAAACUUUUUAUUCCACUGAACGUUAUGAUAUAAUAGAAAACAAAUGGGAAUUUGUGGAUCCAUACCCUGUCAAUAAAUAUGGACAUGAGGGCACUGUUCUAAACAAUAAGUUGUUUAUCACUGGAGGGAUUACCUCAUCGUCUACAUCCAAGCAGGUGUGCGUCUUUGACCCAAGCAAAGAGGGUACUGUGGAGCAGAGGACCAGGAGAACGCAGGUGCUCACAAACUGCUGGGAGAACAAAUGCAAGAUGAACUAUGCUAGAUGUUUUCAUAAAAUGAUCUCCUACAAUGGAAAACUGUAUGUAUUUGGUGGAGUGUGUGUCAUUUUAAGGGCAUCUUUUGAAUCCCAAGGCUGCCCUUCAACGGAAGUUUACGAUCCAGACUUGGAUCAGUGGACGAUUCUGGCAUCCAUGCCGAUCGGCAGGAGUGGUCACGGAGUGGCCAUCUUGGACAAACAAAUCAUGGUGCUUGGUGGCCUUUGUUAUAAUGGUCACUACAGUGACUCAAUCUUAACAUUUGAUCCCGAGGAGAACAAAUGGAAAGAGGACGAAUAUCCCAGAAUGCCUUGCAAGCUGGACGGCUUACAAGUAUGCAGUCUACAUUUCCCAGAAUACGUUUUAGAGCACAUGAAACGCUGCACCUAAGUGCAAAAUUUGUUCUUAAAUAUUUUUUUUUUUUUUUUUUACAAUAGCAAUUUUUUGGGGAAGAUUUUGGUUUUUUUCUUUUAACAAUUGUGAUUUUGCUAAACACUAUUGUUUUAUGUUAACGUAAUAUUAAAUUCUUCCAGGAAAAAAAAGAGCAAUGAAAUCCAUUUCUGUCAAAAAUGUAUUACAAAAUUGUAAAGCUGCAGGCUAGGUUUGUAUGUUCAGUUUAGGUUUUUAUUUAUUUUUUCUAUUUAUUUUCUUUUCCUAUUGUGCUUAUCUCCUGUUUUUUAAAAAAAAUGAAAGUGUUCGAGCUUGUGAACGUUUGCAAUUAAAGGCUCAAUUGGUCAUGCCUUCAGAACAGUUUUUAGAUACUCAUUCUUGCAAGCACUGUUUUAUCACUGAUUUUCC